GCCGUAGCGCGGGCCCUCCGUGCGCCCUCCAGCAGCUCUUAAGAGCGGGCCGCUGAGCCGUGCUGCCUCGGUCCCGGGCCGGCAUGAGGACCGCCGCGGGGGGACGUUUCUGGCCCGCGUCGGCGCUGGGGACAAAGAAGCCAUGCAGUGACACCUGCUAAGAUUGUUGGUAGCCAUGUCGGAGCCCCACAGGGUCCAGUUCACCUCUCUCCCAGGUUCUCUGAAUCCUGCAUUUUUGAAGAAGUCCAGGAAAGAGGAGGUUGGGGGAGCAGAUCAGCAUCAGGACUGUGAGCCUGCUGCAGCAGCUGUUCGGAUUACACUCACCCUCUUUGAGCCAGAUCACAAACGCUGUCCAGAGUUCUUCUAUCCAGAACUGGUGAAGAAUAGCCGAGGGAAGGUGAAAGGCCUUCAGCCUGGAGACAAGAAAAAAGAUGUCUUGGAUCCUUUCAAUGAUGAUGAAAAGGAAAGGCAUAAAGUGGAGGCCCUUGCACGGAAAUUUGAAGAAAAAUAUGGUGGAAAGAAACGUAGGAAAGACCGAAUCCAGGACUUAAUUGAUAUGGGGUAUGGUUAUGAUGAGUCAGAUUCUUUCAUCGAUAACUCUGAGGCGUAUGAUGAACUUGUUCCUGCUUCUUUGACCACAAAGUAUGGAGGAUUUUACAUUAAUUCAGGAACCUUGCAAUUUAGACAAGCUUCAGAAUCUGAGGAUGACUUCAUUAAAGAAAAGAAGAAGAAAUCCCCAAAGAAGCGGAAGUUGAAGGAAGGUGGUGAGAAGAUAAAGAAGAAGAAAAAAGAUGACACUUAUGACAAGGAGAAGAAAUCGAAAAAGUCCAAGUUUUCCAAAGCCGGCUUCACAGCCCUCAAUGCCAGUAAGGAGAAGAAGAAGAAGAAGUACUCUGGGGCAUUAAGUGUUAAAGAGAUGCUAAAGAAAUUUCAGAAGGAGAAAGAGGCUCAAAAAAAGAGGGAGGAGGAGCAUAAGCCUGUAGCUGUGUCAUCAGCGGAAGUUCAGGGCCUAAGGGAACUGGAGGGUACCUCUGACCCGUUGCUCUCACUCUUUGGCUCCACUUCUGACAAUGACUUGCUCCAAGCUGCCACUGCCAUGGAUUCGCUGACGGAUUUGGACUUGGAGCAGCUGCUCAGUGAGUCUCCAGAAGGAAGCCCCUUCCGAGAUAUGGAUGACGGAAGUGAUUCCCUUGGGGUGGGAUUGGACCAGGAAUUCAGGCAGCCCUCUUCCCUUCCUGAAGGCCUACCAACACCCCUGGAGAAGCGCGUUAAGGAACUGGCUCAGGCUGCCAGAGCUGCUGAGGGAGAGAGCAGACAAAAGUUCUUCACCCAGGAUAUUAAUGGCAUCCUGCUAGACAUAGAGGUACAAACUCGAGAGCUGACUAGCCAGAUCCGUUCUGGGGUGUAUGCUUAUCUGGCUUCAUUCCUGCCCUGCAGCAAGGAUGCUCUAGUCAAACGUGCUCGGAAACUUCACCUCUAUGAACAGGGUGGGCGCCUGAAGGAGCCUCUCCAGAAGCUCAAGGAAGCCAUUAGCAGGGCAAUGCCAGAGCAGGUAGCCAAGUACCAAGAUGAAUGUCAGGCACACACACAAGCAAAGGUUGCUAAGAUGCUGGAAGAGGAGAAAGACAAGGAACAGAGAGAACGUAUUUGUUCUGAUGAGGAAGAAGAUGAGGAAAGGGGAGGCAGGAGGAUAAUGGGGCCCCGGAAGAAAUUCCAGUGGAAUGAUGAAAUCAGGGAGCUGCUGUGCCAGGUGGUGAAAAUCAAACUGGAAAGCCGUGAUCUGGAAAGGAGCAGCAAGGCCCAGGCCUGGGAGGACUGUGUGAAGGCCUUUCUGGAUGCUGAGGUCAAGCCCCUCUGGCCUAAAGGCUGGAUGCAGGCCAGGACUUUGUUUAAGGAGAGCCGGCGAGGCCAUGGACACCUGACAUCACUCCUGGCCAAGAAGAAAGUAAUAGCUCCUCCUAAAAUCAAGGUGAAGGACUCAUCUGCUAAGCCUGACAAAAAAGUUUCCAUCCCAUCAGGACAGCUUGGUGGUCCCACUGCUUUGCCUUCAGAGCACCAGGGAGGAGGCCAGAGCAUUGGGGCCACCAGCAGGGAUCUCCCAUCCCAGGUGACUGGUGGCCUUGCUGACCCUGCUCCUGUCACCCUAGAGGACUCACUGGAUGAAGACUUGGUUCAGAAUCCAGCUUCCUCAGUGGAAGCUGUGUCUAAGGAGCUGGCUGUGUUGAAUAGCAGAGCAGCUGGCAGUUCUGAAUUCACACUACCUGCACCCUCCAAAGCACCAGUAGAAAAAGUUACUGGUGUUUUGUGUACAGAAGAAAAACGGAACUUUGCAAAACCCAGUCCUUCUGCACCACCUCACACUAACACCCUGCAGUCACCCCUUAAUUUUCUGGCUGAACAGGCUCUAGCACUGGGGCAGUCCUCUCAGGAGAAAAAAACAGAGAGUUCUGGCUACAAAGAGCUGUCUUGUCAGGCUCCUCUCAGCAAAGGCCUGUCUGAAUUGCAUCAGUCCAAAACAAAGCACCACAGCUUGCCACGGACGUCUCACGGACCCCAGGCAGCAGCUCCUGUGGCCGGCCCUCAAGUCAAAGUCUUUCAUGCAGGCACUCAGCAGAAAAGUUUCACCCCCUCAGCUCCCUUUGUCAACAAGCUCCAAGGCCCAAAGGCCUCUUCUCCACAGUGUCAUCGUUCCCUCCUGCAGCUGGUAAAGACAGCAGCCAAAGGCCAGGCCUUCCAUGCCUCUACACCAGCCUCCUCAGGAAGCUCACCAGCCUCCAGCAGCAGCUCUCAUAAGACUCCAGCCUCAUCCUCUACUGCCCUGAGCCAUCCAGCAAAACAGCAUCCAGCCAGCUCUGUGGGGCCAUCUUACAAGAAUAAUCCCUUUGCUGGCUCGAUCUCCAAACAUGGGGCUUCUUCCGGCAGCCCAUUGUCUGGAGGAACGUCAGUGCAGAGCUCUGUUUCUGGGACCUUGCUCCCUGGCGUGCAGCCUCCCUCCACAGGACAACCUGCCAGCCGAGCAGUCCCAAGCUCAGCUGUGAAGAAACCGCCUGUUUCCCAGAAGCUGACCCUAGUGGCUCCACCCGGAGGUUCAAAUGGAGAUUCUGGUGGUGGGACCCAGGGAGUGGCAAAGUUACUGACUUCCUCCCUGAAGCCCACUGCAGUUAGUAGUAUGACAUCAUCUACCUCCUUGCCAAAAGGAACCGGUGGGGCAGUGCUGCUGACCAGCUCUUCUCCCUUAAACCUGCUACCUUCAUCCUACAAGUCCAGCAGCCCCAAGCUUCCUGGGGCCAUGAACUCGAAUUCCCUGGGGAUCAUAACCACCCCUGUCCCAUUUCCACUUCAUGUACUCUCCUUCAGUGCAGAUUCCUCUGCCAAAGCAGGGGUUUCUAAGGAUGCCAUUGUCACAGGCCCAGCCCCUGGGACCUUCCAUCAUGGCCUCAGCCACAGUCUUCUGGCUGGUUUGCACUCCAGCCCACCCCAUGCAGCGCCUCUCCCACACGCUGCUGUGUCCACCCAUGUCCCGCAGAGUCUGCCAGAUGCUUCACAGCUUCAUGGGAAAGGGCCUAUUGUACCAAGGAAAUUGUGACUGCUUUGGAAGACGAGCAUGAUUGACUUGGGUCUAGGAGGAUGCCCAAUAUAUAUAGGUCUCUGAUGACAGACAUUGGCUGUGCUCUUCCUGCCCACUGAUUUUCUUCUGGAGCAGGUGUGAGUUCAAAGUGGAACACUUCUUAGCACUUCUGAUGGGCCUCCAACCAAGUGGUGGCUCAUGCUGCUCACAAAGCACUUAAUGACCUGGUGCUCUGGGCUUUAUGGCUUUGUUGCUGAAUGGCAUGGAGGGGCAGCUCUGGGCUGGGAAGCAUGCCUAGGCCAUAUUGGGAAGCACAGUGUGUACGAGCUCCCAUGGCAGAUUAGUUGGCAGAGCUGUGUUCUAGAUCUGCCCAACCUCUGGCAUUUGGUCUGAGUACCUCACAGCUCCCUACUGGUCAGGGCCUCCUCCUGGUCACAGUAGGAUCCCUGGAUGGUUGUGAUACCAUCCCCUCCUCAAGCUGUGCUCAAGAGAACAAGACCUGGGCCAGAGCCACAAAUAGGAGACCCUGUCUCCUUACAGAAUACUAAGAAUACCUAAUGUGUACUCAUUGUAGGGGCCAGUUUCUCCUUGGAACAUGACAAUGAAGCUCUUAUAGAGAAAAGACCUUUGUAGAUUGAAUAAUCAUGGUAGGAUUUUUAAAGACAUCUGUCUUGGGCUGUUUUCAUCAUUACCAUUUGAACUUUGAACGCAUUGGAUAGAAUGGGACUGCUCUUCACACAUCACAUUAUAGGAAGACAUAAUUCCAGUGCCUUUAUGGUGGAGCAGACUUUGACAACACACAUCCAUUCAGCCCCCUGAAUGGAUCUGAGAUGAAGACUUUUUUUAAAGCUAGUCUGUAUUUAAGAUACAGUUUAUUUAAUUGGUUUUUUUAUGGCUGCACAUCAUAACUUGUGCUGUACUGACUUGAAAGUCAUCUGGGCCCCCAAAUGCCUGCUUCCAGUGGAGCUGGGGCUCUGUUUUUCUAGAGUUGGUGCAGGUGGACCGCAGGGGAGCCCCUCAGCCCUCCUAUGUCUGAGGGCCCAGGGGUUCCAAGCUACAGGUUGACAUUCCAGUUUGUCUUAUUCCUAGAAAUCUCACUCUGGCAGAGCUGUGGGACAGGCCUCUGAAGCAUCUGCCACAGAGAACAGGCCUGGGGUGCUGGCACUCUCUGGGCAGUGGGCUUCUGUAUGGACUUGGAGAGUGCACAGAGAGUCUGGGGAGUAGACAGGAGACAGACAAGGACAGUGAUUGCAGAGCUCCCAUCACCAGGUUGCCACACUCACCCAGUGGUUGUGUCACAUGGACUUGGAGGACCCUUGCGUGUCCUGUGAAUCUGCCAUAUAGUGGGAGAGUACCAGCACCCUGUGUGCACCCCUGGGUGAGACAGGUGUGUUUUUGGUUCCUGCCUCCAGGGUGUGAUACUCAGUAGUUCCCUAUUCCUAUGGAGGUGACUGCCUUUCUGCUUUACUGGGAGCAAGACCUUUGUCAGCUCCUCGGCCUGGCCUCUGCUCUUACUCCUUUUGUAUGGAAGAAUCAAGUGGUUUCACACUGGGCCAUGUGGAUUCCUUAUCCCUUUAUUAUAUAUAUUUUUUGCAACUUGGAUUUCCAGUUUGUUUACAGAAUAGUCUUAGGUAGUAGCAAAAGAGCCAAAGAAGAGAUUUGUAUAGAGCUCCAAGCCGAGCUGAGGCCGCCAGCAAAGGCUGAGCAGUGGGAACUCUCCAGGCUCCUCUGCCCGUCAAACAACGGGCCCUAGCCCCCCUGCCCCUUCGGUGCUCCCUCCUCCCCACAUGCCACUGCGUGUGCAGCUAGAGCAGGAUACCCUCAUCUUUAGGAAUCUAGCGAUGCCUCUUGCCUCAGGGAAAUGUUUCUUUGAUGGGGAGUUGAUGAGAUUUCUUUUCCUUGUUUAUGCUUUAUUUGUGGUAAUGAAAGAGUGAAUGACUUAAACAGCCAUGGCCAGGGAGAUCUACAGCCGGCUGCAGCGAAGGGUGGGGUGGAGCGCGCUCAGGGGGCUGCAGGGGUUUCCUUGGCAGGCGCAAGGCUCUGAGCACUUAACCAGGCAUGGCCGUUUCUUAGGUGUGAGAGGGGCUGUGGCUUUUGUGCAGCGACUUUGUUGAUGUUAGGGGGUGGUAUGGAAAUUGUUAAUCUUGUAUAAAGCAACUCAAUAAAUUGUUUUCGAGGUUUCCAAAA